AUGGAACAGACUUUAAACUGCAACGUGCAGGAGUGUGGUUCGCAGCUUACGGAUCGGGCAGUGGUGACAGCGCCGUAUACCUGUCCGGCUUGCAGACAACCCCUGAGCGGCUCCGAGGUGUGCGAACAGCUCCUUCAUCCUUCCGAAGAGUGGAAAUCAGUGGCCCUAUGCGGUCUCAGUCCAACCGCCGUCAUGGAAUGCGCAGGCAGAGCCCUCAGUUUCUGGUCAUACCAAAUGACCAACCAAAUUUCAUAUCAAAUCCGGAAGAACGCCAAGUUGAAGGAUUACUGUGCCGAGCUUCAGGGUGAGAUGGAAAGCAUGUGGGAGCAAGCGAAUCAGAGAAUCAGCACACUGAGCUCUAGGAUAAGAGAUAUGGAGCGGGAGGAAGAUAGUCUCAGGCGCAAGUGCGAGGAACUAAGCUUCGCCCUAACAAACCGGACCAAGGAGCUCGCGCAAUCCCAGGAACUGUACAGCAAACUGAAACAGCGAGCCCUCAGCCAGAACCAGAAUAUCUCACCCGGUAUCUCGGGCUCGAGAAGCCCUCUCCGAACAGGUAGCGCUACGGAGACGAAUUACAGGCAUUCCCAGACACAACUGCCCCGUCCGAUUAUGCCUGUCGGUAGCAAAGUCGGUGCGUCGAACUACUUUCCCACCAGUCCAAAAUCCUCAACUACCCAACCCAACUCAACCGCAAUAGUAGAGUGGAAUAAGCCACGGUUCUCCCAGCGUGAGUACAUCAUGCAAUCUGAUCGAAUCCAUUAA